AAAUCGCUGCACACGUAGAUCCCUAAAUUCUUUAGUCACCGCACAACCAAAGCCACACCCACAGUGUUUGAAGCUCGCGGCGAGAGCUAGCAGUGGAUCCAAAAUGAAGUUUAACAUUGCAAAUCCAACAACUGGGUGCCAAAAGAAGCUUGAGAUCGAUGAUGAUCAGAAGCUGCGAGCUUUUUUUGACAAGAGGAUCUCACAGGAGGUCAGUGGAGAUUCCCUUGGUGAGGAGUUCAAUGGAUAUGUGUUCAAAAUCAUGGGAGGAUGUGACAAGCAAGGAUUUCCAAUGAAACAGGGAGUUCUGACUCCUGGUCGUGUUCGUUUGUUGCUUCACAGAGGCACCCCUUGCUUCCGUGGAUAUGGAAGGCGCAAUGGAGAACGCAGGAGAAAGUCAGUUCGUGGAUGCAUUGUUAGUCAAGAUCUCUCUGUUCUGAACUUGGUUAUUGUGAAGAAGGGUGAUAAUGAUCUACCUGGUUUGACUGACACUGAGAAACCCAGGAUGAGGGGUCCAAAGAGGGCAUCCAAAAUCAGGAAGCUUUUUAACCUCUCUAAGGAGGAUGAUGUUCGCAAAUAUGUGAACACAUACCGCAGGACCUUCACAACAAAAUCUGGGAAGAAAGUCAGUAAAGCUCCAAAGAUACAAAGGCUUGUAACUCCAUUGACUCUCCAAAGGAAGCGUGCCAGGAUUUCAGACAAAAAGAUGAGAAUUGCAAAGGCCAAGUCAGAAGCAGCUGACUACCAGAAACUGCUUGCUACUCGGUUGAAGGAGCAGCGCGAGCGCCGCAGUGAGAGCUUAGCAAAAAAGAGAUCCAGGCUCUCAAUUGCUUCCAAGCCAUCUGUUGCUGCAUAGAGUGGUGAUAGUUUUGGUGAGGAUUCACCAUUUCCUUUUUGGUAGUGUAGUAAUGUCAUGUUUUUGCAAUUUCAGUGCUGUAAUACUUCUUAAGAUGAGAUUUGUUUUGUUAUUUGAUGCUUGUUAUGAGCUUUGUUUUACCACUUGAACGCUUUAAUUUAUAGUUUAUUACCUUGUGAAGGUGAUUAUGGUAUGGGAAAUGUUACAUUUUUUU